GUCAACAACACAACACAACGCAUCAAUUGUCAAUUAUCAUUUGAUCAUUCCUGUUGCUUGAGCCACAAACUAAACAAUAGUACGGUACUUGGAUUUGAUUUAUAAAUUCAAAUUUCAUGGGUAGAAUUUACUAUUUACUGCUUUGAUAUUACAAGAGAUAUUUUUUUAUCAAAAUCAAGAACUUCUUUCCAUCCACAUAGAGAAUUCUACGAUAUCCCACCCAGAUCAUAUCAUAUCAUAUCAUAUCAUUCAAUAAAAAAUCCCCAAAAUACUUCCUUUUCCUCCCUUGAAAUUUUACCCCACGACCAUAAACUUCUUCUCAUUUUUGCGCACAACUUCAGUUUGGUAGGUACCUCCUUUGCUCUUUCCUAUAUGCCAUAAUGAUGGACCUCCAUAAUAUGCGACGCCUUCAAUUUACUUCUCCCAUUGUAUGCUUGGGAAUGGAGAAGCAUUCCAAGCCUCUCCACUGUCGAUGUCUUUACCAAAGCUAAAGCUAACCAAACGGAUAGCCACUGGAAAGUUAUCGCAGACCCCUUCAAAGUUUACGGCAGCUAAGAUGGCAGAGCAAGAAGAAGAUUUCAGUUCUUUACCCCUCCCAGAUAGAUUUCAGCAUAAGGUAUUAUCGCACUAACUCUCCCGUUUGCGCCAUCCAUCCUUUUUAACUGGUCACACGCAUAGGCUAAUCUUUACACCUGAUAAUAGAUAUGGAAAGUUAGGAAAGCAGCAUAUGAAGACGCAGCAAAGCAAUUCGAAGUCACACCAGAUGAAAAUGACCCAGUCUUUAGGCCAUUCCUCAACGAUCCCUCAUUAUGGAAGGGAGCGGUGGCAGAUUCGAACGUUGCGGCACAACAAGAUGGUAUCGCGGCACUAUGCGCCUUUCUCAAAUUCGGUGGACGCGAGCAUUGUACCAGAACACGAAGUCAUACAUUAAAUUCGUUGGUUGAGAAGGGUUUGAGUUCAACAAGAGCUGCUACCAAAGCAUCUUCUCUUGAAGCUCUGUUAUUAUAUGUCGAAUUGGACGUAGCUGCUCCUGUCAUUGAAGAACUUCUUCCCGCUAUAUCGCAUAAACAACCAAAAGUCGUUGCAGCAACAGUGGCCGCAUUGACUGAGAUAUAUCACAACUAUGGAUGCAAGACAGUGGAUCCUAAACCAGUCCUCAAAAUUCUUCCAAAACCAUUCAGUCAUGCAGAUAAAAAUGUACGUGGGGAAGCUACAAAAUUGGCUGCCGAGUUCUAUAGAUGGUUACGAGAAGCUAUGAAACCAAUGUUUUGGGGAGACCUCAAGCCAACGCAACAAGCGGAUAUGGAAACCCAUUUCGAAAAAAUCAAAGGGGAACCGGCACCGAAACAGGAACGAUUUCUCAGAUCACAACAAGCAGCGAUGGCUAACGCGCCUCCCCCAGGUGAAGGUGGUGCAGAAGAGGAGGAUGAAUUGGAGGCUGAGCCAGUCGAAAUUGAUGCAUUUGACUUAGCCGAACCGCAAGAUGUUUUAUCCAAGGUCCCUGCAAAUUUCCACGAACAGUUGGCCUCGUCGAAAUGGAAAGAACGAAAGGAAGCGCUAGAGGCUUUAUACGCCUGUUUUAAUGUUCCCAGAAUCAAGGACGCCGACUACGGUUUAAUAGUUCAUGGUCUAGCAAAGUGUAUGAAGGACGCCAAUAUUGCAGUAGUCACCCAAGCUGCACAAUGUGUUGAAGUUUUGGCUCAAGGUCUACGAAAGGGAUUUUCCAAAUACAGAUCCGUUAUUCAGAGCCCUAUCAUGGAAAGAAUGAAGGAGAAGAAGGCAUCCGUCUCCGAUGCCCUCGGGGCAGCACUAGAUCAAGUAUUUGCAGCAACCAGUCUAACCGAAUGCUUGGAGGAAACUCUAGAGUUCUUGAAACAUAAGAAUCCACAAGUCAAAGAGGGAACUGUCAAGUUUUUGAUUAGAUCGCUCAGGACAACUCGAGAAGCUCCUUCCAAAGCAGAAGUUGGACAGAUUUCAGAAGCAGCAAAGAAGUUACUUGCCGAGUCGAGUGAGGUAUUGAGAUCUAGUGGAGCUGAAGUCUUGGGUACAGUCAUGAAGAUUAUGGGAGAGCGUGCAAUGGGACCACAUCUCGAAGGACUUGACGAUAUCCGGAAAACAAAGAUCAAGGAGUUUUUCGAUACCGCAGACGUCAAGGCAAAGGAUAAGCCAAAGCCUCCACCGGCUCCUGUAGCACCUAAAGCCGCGCCGGCGGCCGCACCAAAGAAGAUGGUAAAGAAGGUAGCCGCAAAGAAACCACCUCCAGCCCCAAGUCCAUAUGCCCAACAAGCUCCGUUAGAGCCUCAGCCAACAGCAAAAAGUGCCGCUGGAUUGAAGAAGCCAUCUGGUCUCGGAUUGAAACAACCUGGAAAAAAAGUAGUACCGCCAGCACUUGCGUCGCCCAAACGUGCCAUCCCGUCACCAGUUCCGGCGGAAGAAGAGGCUCCACCUCCACCUCGUGUAGGUCUAGGCCGUGGCUUGGCUGGUCGAUCGUUAGCAAAAGCACCUGCCGCUAAUGCAGCUCCUCGUAUGUCCUCGAUGUCGCCUCCACCGAAUGCCGGUUUGACUGCUCAGGAAAGAGCUGAGCUGGAAGAAUUGCGACUGGACAAAGAUCGAUUAUUACGCCAAGCUGAUGAAUUACGCCAAGAACGUUCACGACUCAAUUCAGAAAUUCAAGAAUUGAAGAAUCAAAAUGCACAGCUAAUUGAGGAUCAUACACGAGAUGUUUUAUCUAUCAAAGCAAAGGAAACCCAGCUUGUUCGCUCCAGAGCAGAUGCCGAAACAGCGGAAGCAAUGUGUGCGCAGUUAAGGAGGGAGCAGAACAGGUUAAAGCAUGCUUUAUCAGCAGCUGAAAGAGCUAACAGUCAUAGCCCAUCGAGAGGAUUUCCAAGCCCUGGACGUGAUGGUGCCCAUGAUGAAGCGGGAAUAUAUCGUGAUUCUAUGUAUGGUGCUCCUUCAGAUGGGGGCCGCCAAGAUUAUAGAAGCCGUCCUCGCAUGUCUAUAGCAUCAUCACUUGGAGAAGAGAAAGAAAAUGGGGCUGGCGCUUAUGGCCGCAACAUGUUAAGUCCCGAUUUGGAACCAACGAGUAAUGGAAGAUCAAGUGCUGCCAGCGGUAGUGGCAGGGCUAGUCCAGCACCACUUUCUUACUCAAGUGACCGCAUGUCUAGAGCUGGUGGUGUUGUUAGUGGCAAUGGAACCGGAGUGGAGAGCUGGAAGAGGGCUGCCGAGGUCACAAGUGCUUUGAAGGCAAAAAUUGAGCUAAUGAAGGUAAGAUCUUCAAACGUAUUGCUUACGUUCCGUUUCCAAGGUACUGAUUACAAAUUUUUCGUAGGCACGACAAAACAUAUCAAAACAUUAAGAAUAUGUAAAUCAUAUAUUUAAUCAGCCAAGGAUAGGACAGGUAUUGAGAUGGUUUGGGCAGAUGGCGAAAAGGAAAGGAAAGGAAAGGCUUAUUUGGCAUUGAUCAAACGGUGUUCAUGGUCGUGCUUGGUAUUUUUCUUAUGGUUGGGGUGGCAUCCUCUGUCUUGGUGCAUGUAAGGGGUUUUAUUUGUCGCCGUAGAAGAGGCGAGGCGAAUGCGAGAAUGAGGCGAAAUGAGAUUAUGCUCACAUGCUGUGUUCUGUAUGCAUGGUCGUGGCUGGUUAUGAUUGUACUAUAUUGUACUUUACUGUACGAAGCGCAUCGCAUCUGUUUGAGGAGAAGUCAUGUGCGUAAAUAUACGUACGUAUUUUUAAGUCAUGGAUGGAUGUUAUGUUCCUUGAUUGCUUACUUGCU